GGCGCGGAGCAGCGGGCGCGCAAGCGCAGUGAGAGAGGGGCUCCGAGGCCGGAGGCGCUGGGGGCCGGGUGGGCACGGGUCCCGGAGCUGAGGUGGCGACUAGGGCCGGGGUGCGGGCGGCGGUGUGGGGCCUCAUGAGCCGCCGGCAGCAGGCGCGGGGCGGCUGGGGGGGCCCCAGCGCCGCGGGGAGGGGCAGCGGCGGAGGCCGAGGAAAGGGUGUGAAUCACCUCCCGGACAGGUGGAAAGACUAUCUCCCCGUGGGACAGCGCAUGCCUGGGACACGGUUCAUUGCCUUUAAGGUUCCAUUAAAAAAGAGUUUCGAAGAAAAACUUGCCCCAGAAGAACGCUUUUCCCCUUUGGAUCUUGUUAACAGAAUAAGAGAACAGAAUGAAGAGCUUGGACUGAUCAUUGAUUUAACGUACACUCAGCGCUAUUAUAAACCGGAGGAGUUGCCCGAGGCUCUUCCUUACUUAAAGAUUUUUACAGUUGGACACCAGGUGCCUGACGACGACACCAUUUUUAAAUUCAAGAGUGCCGUGAACAAAUUCCUAAAAGAGAACCAAGAUAAUGACAAACUCAUCGGAGUCCACUGCACCCACGGUUUAAACAGAACCGGAUAUCUCGUUUGCCGGUAUUUGAUUGAUGUUCAAGGGAUGAAGCCAAAUGAUGCCAUAGAGCUGUUCAACAGAUGUCGCGGACACGCUAUAGAGCGGCAGAACUACCUUGACGACCUCCGGCACGGGCCCAUCCGCAGGAACGACGCGACUCUGAGGCCGGACCGCUUCGAAGAGCCCUCGUUUAUCAAGAGGAGGAACUUCUACAACACCCAAGAAACGGAUUAUCACGGGCCCAGGCGGACCUUUCACUGGUCGCGGGACUUCCACUCCCAGCCCCAGGAAGACUUCCACUACCAGGCCCACGAAUUCCACUCGCAGUCCAGAGACUUCCGAUCCCACCGGCGCGAGUUCCACUCGCAGCCCCGAGAUUUCUACCAGUCCUCCAGGAAAAACCAGCCCAGGCGGAAUUACGCUUGCCAGAACGUGGGCAGCCACCCCCCUCUGCCCCCUCCGGGCCCCCCCCGAGAGGACUACUCCCAGAGCAGAUACACCUGGAACCUGAAGCCCAACUACAACCUCCCCCCGUGGAACAAGAGACAGAAACUGAACAGUUACAACGGGCCCUACUUCUCAGAGCAGUGGGGGGCCGAGAGGCAGCCGCCGCUGUGCAGAAGCCAGAUGGAAGAGAAGGGCUGGCACGACGCGUAGUCGGGCCCGGCCCGGGGAGGCGCCGCCUGGACUGGCCCAUGAGCAGGGAGCCUCCCUGCGGGCCACCAAACCGAGCGUGCGUCUCGAGGUCUGCCGGCCGGCUUCUCUCCGUUCUAGGAUGGGGGGCGUUUCGAAGUCGUCGUGGCGGCGCUCCCGGGCCCGUCGCGGCGAGCGCCAUGCUUUCUUGUGUUCAGGAUUUUCCGACUCAAAGCUGCCGAGGAGACCCUGGGGUGGGGCCUCUGGUCCAGGAGGGGCGGCCGGACGGAUUCAGCUCGGUCUGGCUGGCUUCGAGCCAGCUGUGCCUGUGAGGAAGGGAGCCCGAUGAGGCAGAUCCCCAAGAGGACGGCGGGCUGGUCGGGAAGCCCGGGCUCAAGGCCCAGGUCGGGCCCUCCGUGCAGGACCCGGACAGUCCCCCGGCUUCCCUGGGCCUCCGUUCCCUCCUCUUUAAAAUGAGGGCUUGGACUCAGAGCCUCUCUGGGCCCUCCGAGGGGCCCUCAGUCACGCGAGGGGGUGCGCGUCCGGGUCCCCCCGCCUCGUGCCUGCGCAGUCUCCGCCGGCCUAAAGCCAGUCCUGAGCCCUCGGGCAGGUCCUGCGCGCUAGCUGGAGAGGCAGGAAGGCCCUCGCGGGCCCUUUUACCCCUGAGGCCCUCCCGGAGCCCCAGAAGGGAGCGCGCGGCCUGGGCUGGGCCCUUUCUGAACGCGUCGUUCCCUCAGAUGGACAGCGGCCGCCCCCGAUGGCGCCUGGAGCGUGCUGGCCCUUGGGUGCUUUGGGGCCCACCGCGGCCCGUGGGAGCCUCGUCCCCACCUCACAGACCAGCGAAGCUCGGAAAGACGACCUCGAGCCCGGCAGAGCCCGCCGGCUCCCCGAACAGCGUCUCUGGGGUCCCGCCUCGAGCUCGGACCUUCCAGCGGCCGCCUCCGGACGCCUGAACGAGAGGACGGGCGCCAGGCCCCGGCACCCUGCCCGCGCCCAGGAGUCUCCUCUGUGCAUCCGAUCAGGCGCUGACCCACAGGAGGGCCUGCGAGCCGUGCCAGGAAGACGUGAGGUUAGACACGGCCCGGACGGCGGCCCGAGAGCCUCCUCUGAGCCCUGAGACCCCGCCCUGCCGAGCUUCCAGCCCUCCUCCCCUCCGGCCUUCCUAGAGCCCCGCUGCCACCAGGGUUGAGGCUGGGCUAGCCCAGAGGAGCCCGAGCCCUCCACCCGGAUCCUUGGAGUUGCUCCCAGCUCUGAGGGAGCUCCUUCGCGGCCCCAUUCCCCAGAUGAGAACACUGAGGCCCGGAUCAUCCGAGGGAGCAGCCCUUCUGAAUGGAGCCCAGGCCCGGCCAGGCCCGGCCGGGAUUGGGGAGGGUUUGGCUCGAUUCUUCCCUCCCCCGACACGGGGAGGAGCUCUCGAGCCCGCGACUUAGUCUCCGGCCUGUCCGCUUGCGCGUCCUUAACGUGUCACCGUGCUUCCGCGAUGCGAUCCUAGCUGUGCGCUUCCGUCCUUUGACGCAGGCGCCGUCACGACCAAAGGUGCUAUGACUUCACUGAGACUUUCCAAUAAACGGCAUUUUAUCCUCACCACA